UUUUGCCCCACAUAAGUGGCUUAUGUUUGAUUCUUUUCCUUUAUAUGAAUCAUCCUUGAAGUUCUCAUGAAGUCAUUCCCAUUCCCUUUAUAUACUUUAAUUUUUGUUUUAGGCUUGAUUUGUCCCCGUUACCAUUAGCUUAAUAGCAUUCUCAUAGUACUCCUUUUCAUUAUCCUCUUACAUUUUUCCACAAUCACCAUGUCUCGCCGAGAGACCAACCCUCAUUUUACUAGAUCAUCACGGCCUGAAUACGUAGAUCAUGAUACUGAGCAACAACAUAUUCCAUUUGUGCCACCACGCCACAAACACCGUGGCCAACCAUCAACACAUGGAGCUGCACCUAUACCAGAUGUGUCGCCACGCCACAAACACCGUGGCCAACCAUCAACACAUGGAGCUGCACCUAUACCAGAUGUGUCGCCACGCCACAAACACCGUGGCCAACCAUCCACACAUGGAGCUGCACCUACACCAGAUGUGCCGCCACGCCACAAACGCCGUGGCCAACCAUCCACACAUGGAGCUGCACCUAUACCAGAUGUGUCGCCACGCCAUCAUGAAGAUCGUGUUCCAUUACGAGUACGUCAUGAAGACCAUGUUCCACUGCAACAUGCGCCAGAACAUCAUUCACACACACCACCUAUACUGCAAGAGCCACACCGCGGAAAAUCGCAGCAAAGAAGUCCACGUAAACAGCCAACAAGCCAAGGUUUCCGGCCACCGAAAUCUGCUAAGGUAAAUUUUCAAGAGCCACCACCCUUGGCUGCUGGCACUCCAGCGCAGCCACUACCUGACUAUCCUCUCGAGCCUCGGCACCGGCCACGCCAUGAUCACCCCCCCCACCACGGUAUAAAGUUGCCUGAAGAUAAAAAGUCUCAUACCUUAACAUGGUUAGCUGCUUGCUUGUGUGUAAUAUUCUGUCUUGUCAUAAUCAUAGGAGGUUUAAUAGUCCUUAUAGUGUACUUCAUUUUUCGUCCCCAAAGUCCUCAUUUUGAUGUCUCUAGUGUCACCUUAAAUGCUGCAUACCUUGACCUUGGAUAUCUACUCAAUGCUGAUCUAACCAUGCUUGCUAACUUCACAAAUCCAAACAAGAAGGUACACGUGGACUUCAGCUCCGUGAUCAUCUAUCUCUACUAUGGAAGUACCCUCAUUGCCACUCAAUAUGUUGAGCCCUUUUCGGCUGCAAGGCUUCAAUCAAGGUUUGCAAACAUCCACAUGGUCUCUAGUCAAGUUCAGCUGCCAUUAAGAGAGAGCCAGCGCCUUGUUAAGCAAAUGGAAAGCAAUGGCGUUUUGCUUGAAGUCAGAGGAGUUUUCCGUGCAAGGUCCAAAUUGGGAAGCAUCUUGAGGUAUUCAUAUAAUCUCUAUGGCCGUUGCAGCGUCAUGCUAACACGCCCCCCUGACGGAAUUUUGCUCAAAAAGAAAUGCAGAACGAAACGCUGAAGCUAUAUUUUAUCACCACAGAUGCUACUGUAUGUCAUCGUAUUCUUUUUUAGUCCUUCAAAACUGGGGGGUUUUCAUCUUACUAAUUUGCCUCUUCCCCUGAAAAUAACAUCUUUGAAGGUUAGCCUUUUUCUUUUUACCCCCCGCUACAUUUAAUUUUGUUAAACCACAAAUUUGUAUCUUAUUUUUUUCUUAACGAGAAUAAUUAGAGAUUAUU